GACAGCCAUAUUUGAUUCGAUUAUGCUGUUCUGGCUGCGACAACCAGUUUAGCCAGUUCUUGAUUUUCAAAAAAAAAAAACGGUGUCAUUUCUUGUGUACGAGGCCAGCCUUUAGGUUCAUCUCCGACGAAAUCCAGCUGCAUUCACAGUAACAACAGUUUAUAACCUGUAGUCAACGAUGAAUCCCGAAUAUGACUAUUUAUUCAAACUGCUCCUGAUCGGUGAUUCUGGUGUCGGAAAGUCUUGUCUCCUCCUCCGGUUUGCAGAUGACACGUACACAGAGAGCUACAUUAGUACCAUCGGUGUGGACUUCAAGAUCAGGACCAUCGAGUUGGACGGAAAGACCAUAAAACUUCAGAUUUGGGACACUGCUGGUCAGGAACGGUUCCGCACCAUCACGUCCAGUUACUACAGAGGAGCUCACGGCAUUAUAGUAGUUUAUGAUGUGACGGAUCAGGAGUCCUUCAAUAAUGUCAAACAGUGGCUACAGGAGAUCGACCGCUACGCCAGCGAGAACGUCAACAAGCUGUUAGUAGGCAACAAGUGUGACCUCACAACGAAGAAAGUUGUGGAUUACACCACAGCCAAGGAAUUUGCCGACAACUUGGGGAUCCCCUUCUUGGAGACGAGCGCCAAGAGCGCCACCAACGUGGAGCAAGCCUUCAUGACCAUGGCGGCCGAGAUCAAGAAGAGGAUGGGCCCCGGGGCCACGGCCGGCUCCUCGGAGAAGUCCAACGUCAAGAUCCAGAGCAAGCCAGUCAACACCUCGUCCGGAGGCUGCUGCUGAGACCCCGAAAACAGCCACGACCUGAAUCCACCCCCGAGCCCACGACCAGUCUCAAUGUUACCAUGCUCCACAGGGAAAGAACCAGAAAGAGAGGGAGGGAAAGAAAGACAGGAGGAAGACUUUGAGUGGACCGGUUUGUAAGUGUGUGUGCAGCUACAACACCAGAUCCCCACCCCAACCCCCUUUCAAAGUCAGCAAUAGGACGGUAAGCCCAUCAUACCCACAGAACACACUGGGCGGUUCUUGUUUUGUUUUUUUUCUUACUUUACCAAAACACACUCAUACUGGAAUAAAAAAAACAAAAUGUAUACAAUUUUUAACAGUGUGUGAAGUUAACCAAUGAAAGAGAACACGUGUAUACAACUUUUCUUUUUUUGUUUUGUUUGUUUUGUUUGCCCUGCUCUUCCUUUGUUAAAUGAGUCACUUUUCUAAAAACUGAGAGAAAAACCCACACAGUUGUCUUUAUUUAGCUGUGGAUAAAGCAGCAUGACUUUGGCCCUGAAUCUCCUCAGACAUAUGAAGCACUUCAAAUGAAGCACAUGCUUAAACCAGCAUCAUGCAUGUUCAGAACAGAUCACAUGCUCCCUCAGUUGCAUGUGAGCAGUUGCAGUCAUGAUGCAGUCAUGAAAGCGAGUGGCUUCCCGCUCAAACUACACACAAGAAAACGUCACCUGCUCCAACUUCACCGUGUCGCCCCUAAAAACGAUGUGCCAGUGCCUUUGUGGCAGGAGAUCUACAUGACAUUUAUGCCUUCGGUGCUCUUGUGUUGUCGGCGUAUUCCCCUCAUAUGCCCACAGUCGUGACUUCUUACUUAAAAGAAUCCACUUUGUAUGAUAGCAGUUAACAUUCCUGUAUAUAUCUAUAUUCGGCUCUGUGUGUGCUCUGCUGGUAUUCAUGAUACAAUAAGCAUGUGCUACAUUGGGAGACGUGACGUCAGCCGUGUGUUUUUCUCUGCUAAUGUUCCUCAACCAACAGCACAACCACAACAGGAGAAACGAAACUACCAUCCCAGCUCGAGAAUAAUCUAUAAACUGUAUAUAUUUAUACAUAAAUGUAAGAAGUGAUUUGCAAAUUGUGUAGAGAAGCAAGUGAAGCGAAUGACAUGAUGAAUAGCUGGAAUUAGUAAUCUCGGCACGUGAUUUGUGGCUGCGGACAUGACAUUUUUGUGGCACAAUGUCUACUAUUAAAACAAUGAAGGAGAUCUUUGAUAA